AUGGCCACACCACCAACAUCCUAUGGCGAGCGACCCCCGCUGCAGGGUUACCGAAGAUCGUUUACUGUUCCUUCGCGACAGCUCUCCCUUCAUGAGAGAGCAGGUCUGGACCGAUCCGAUGCCGACGCAGAUAUCCUCUUCUCUCAUCCAAACGCGCGCAUCAUAGCCUUUUCGCCUCCCACAGACUCGAUUCAGACUCCGAGUAAAGAUACUCUGCCCGAUGCCGAUUACCCCAUCGACGCUGUCGAAACCCUGCCAUGGCGGUCGCGCACCGAGACUCUAGCUACCAGCGGGCUCAUAAGGAUUGAGAAAGUCCGAGGCUCGAGCCACUUCCUCAAGUCGGCGGACCAGAAAGUCAUCCAUACAAUCAUGCGCAAUUCACAGUGCUGGUGUGUUGACGGAGAAUCCAAAUUCGUGCUGCGGAGAGGGAAGUUCAUGUAUUACCGAAUCGAGCUACCGAUAGAGACGGAAGAGGACAAGCAGAAGGUCGAGGAGUUCAAAGCGGCUUUGGCAAAGGUGCUGCGUUUCGAGCGGACACCAUGCCCGUUCAAGCGCGCUUUCCACGUGGACCUACCAGACGAUGCCAUCACACCUCGGAGGAAAGGGACCUGGAAGAGGCGGCAGCCACCGCAACCGUCAACGCCCAAUACCGACCCUCUGCCGUUGAGAAAGACGAAGAAUUCACGAGCCUGGAGUUUUCAAGCACAGAAUGAGCCUAGCCCUCUUCAGACGUACGGUCGGCGAGGGUCGGAUUAUGGUUAUAGUGCGAGUCGAGGCUCGUCUCAAACACGGCCGGAAGCAAACAACUAUCGGUGUUCCACUCCUUCCAGUGUCCUCUCCAGCGAGGAUGCUUACGACAGGGACCGCGAAGGCGGGUCUAGCGAAGAUGGGCUGCAGGGAGAGGAGACAAACCACUCGCAGCAGCCUGAUGAGGCUUCAGUCAAUGGUUCGGAGCCGGAAGAGCGGGUAGAUAUUUCUGGAUUGGAAUCUCCAGAUGGACCGGUUGCGACAGGCGAAGGUGAUCAACCUGAAGAGGAAACCGACGCGUUACCUCAGCCUGUCGAACCUCGAGCCACCAAGACUCCAGCAAUGCAUGAUACUGAUGCCACAGCGCUGUCAAUACCACCCGAGACAGAAGAGUUAGAUGGCACAACAGCCAAAGAACAGAUUCCACAGGAGUCACUGGGAGGCCUAGAGAAUGAGGUCGACGGAGAAGGUUCUCUUUCACCAGUGAAACAACUUCAACAGGAAGUAGAAAGCAGUCCGGACGGUCCAGAGCAGACUUCUGUCGCUGGGGCAGUCGAGCAGCACGUUAAAGAGGAUGCGGCAUCACCACCAAUCGAAGACGAGCCAGAAGCCCGAUUAAGCGACACCAAGGUGCUGAUGAUCGAUGACACUGGCACCGAAACACCAAGCGAUACACAUGCUGAAGAAACAAAGUCUGAACCUGCUGAGGUUAUCACUGCUGAUCACGACGACGAUGCUCUCAGUCGAGUCUCAAGUGUGGAUUCCUUCUACACCACCGACUCUCUAAGUCAGGACAGGCUUGCCGAACAUGUCCAAGCCACCGACUUUGAGAAGGGAGAGCACGCUGAAGGCUUUGCUCCCUUCUUCCUGGGCCGCCAUCAGCACCAAAGAGGUCUGUCAGAGAUGACAAUAACGGCAUCUACCAUUGCGUCAGAACAGAGUCCUCAGAAACAGCGACCCUCAACUAGUGACUCAACACCAGGACUUGCACAUUCAUCCACGUCUGACUCGUCCUGGCCUGAAGUACACACACCACCAGUGUCGCCCAUCAAUGAAAACCUACGCCGCCGUCUACAAGCGAAGCGAUCGCUUUCCCCUCUUCCACCAUCUAUAAUACUUCACUCUCCGUCCACCUCGCCCACAAGCCCGAACUACGGCUCCCCAUUCACAGCACAAUUCCUGCACAAGGCUGCGAACGUGGCUCUCGUCAAGCCCAUCGAAGCGGUCGUGUUACUGGUGCAUAUCCUUGCACGGAUAGCCGGCGGCGCGACACUAAACGAUCUAUUCAGCGGCGACCUCUUCCGCAGACCCAGUGAACGCGAGGAAGGCGUCCACCGCCGGAGGACGAGCUUCCCAGACCAGCCUGCUCAGCCGAGGGACGACAGCGAGGAAGAAGAGGAUGACUUUGGUGUGCCGAUUAGGGGCAGGACAAAGAGUGUCGAGACGACCCCUGCUAAGGCACCGCGGAAGAAGGUGGAGAAGGACGCGGACGCCGAUUCCAUCUUCGAUCUGGAUUAG